AUGGGGGAGAAUAUUGCAACAAUUUCUCCUCCUUUUGAAGAACUAGAGACCUUUAAUACAUGGUAUAAUGUAACUGUGCAAGCCAAAGGAAAGAUGAAAAACGGUCAAUACGAUAUUAAACAGAACGGGCCUUUUUUAUUUUUCAUUCCUCGCUCUCCUCCUCAUAAGAUUGAAUUCCUCAUAUUUACAUUAAACUAUGAAAUCAUUGAAGAAGGCAAUAAUGAUAUCGCAAUGGUAAGACUCGAACAUAUCUACGAUACCGAUAUAUUCCAUCUUCUUAUUUUAAAUAAGGAUAACGUAAAGAGUUUUAUUGAUGCGUUUAAGACCGCUCGAAGCGAAUUAUUGUUCACUUUUAGCAAUUUACGCUAUACAGAGUGCCAACUCGAGAAUACAAUGUAUUUUUCGUGCCUUUCUAACACAAACCAAAUUCUAGAGUCUAAGAUAGGUCUGAGCGAAACGCUUGACGGCGCAUUUAACUUAAAUUGCGUUAUAAAAACAAGAACUGGUUGGGAUCCGAAGCUAGACAUAAAAUUAUCCGCAAAUACGCAUGUAGAGCCAGCCCUCACUGCUCCAGAUACCUUCGGAACAGCUCCACAGCUCGCUCAUAUUUUCCAUGUAAAACAUCAAAAACAUAUCAACGAUAAACCAGAAGAAUGCUUUGUAAUCUGUACAUCAAUAGAAACAUUGAUGCAUUCAGUGCUUUCUAUUGCAAAAUGGGCUCUUGAUGCCUCAAAAAGACCAAGAAUUUCUGAUUCUUCCGAUAUCUUCAAUCUGAAUCCAAGACCUCAAGAAACUCCACAACCUAAGACAGAACCAACUGCAAAACCGUCACUUUUGACAGGUUUAUUCUCUAAAAUUAAACAAGAAUUAAAAGGUGACUCACACCACAAUGAAAAACCACCCCAACCAGUUCAGAAAGUUCCACAAAAAGGAACUACACCAGAAAUACGUCAAACAAUACAAAAUAAUCCAAAUCAAAAUAAAAUUGAACAAAUUACUCAACAAAAACCAAGUUUACAACCAGAAAAGAACAAAUUACAACUCAACCCAGUCAAGCCAUCUAUCCAGAUAUCUCAAACUACUUCACAAACUUUAAAUUCAGAUUCAAAUAUUAAAAAACCUGUUUUAAGCAUUAGUGUCGAAAAAGUAUCAACAAAAUCAAACGAUCAAGAAUUAGCAGAUCAUACAGAACCAGAAAAAACCUCGAAAUUACAAGAAAGAGAAAAAAAUAUCCAAUCUUUAAGAGUAGAUACGAUAUUACCACCACCAAACAUCGCUAGAAAUGCUCACGCACACACAGUAAGCUAUACCUCAACGAAUCCUCCUGCAAAUCAAUAUCAAGAUAUCACAUCUCCGAAACCAUCGUUGGCAACGGCUGCUUCUAUGUCUCAUGAUGUUGUAAAUUCGCAUGGUCGUAGAGUUAGCUAUCAAAGAAGGUCAUCGGCCCAACUUUCACCUGAAAUUCAAAAAUCUAUUGAUGAAAGCAACAUCAUAAUACAGGAACAAGUUAACAAGAUCAAGCAUUCAUUCCCAGAACCAAUCAACCUCGAAAAAGAAUACAAGAAGAUGAAGAAGUCCCAGGAAACUAAAAAGGAAGUUUCUGAAUACAAACCAUCGAACUUGACACUUUUUCUUCCGAAAAAUUCAAGCAACGAACGAUUAUCAGAAAUUGCCAAAAAUGAGAUUUUUUCGGAGUUAGCUAAAUCGACUAUAGACAAUACAAUGUUUAGUUCUUUAGACCAAAUUGUUGAAAUUUCUGAAGCCCAAGUAAUAAAUGAGACAGAAAAGACCUUUUUGGACAGGUUUUCGACAGAUUUCUCAUUCUUUGACUUCGACAAAGUCACCCUAGACCAGCGAUUCGACCUCUAUUCCCUUAAAAACCCAAGUUACUCGCAAUGUGAAUUUUUCACAGGAUAUGCAGAGAUUGCUGAGAACUUAGCCCAGCUCGGUGAUGGAGUUACAACAAUAGAAGACGCUUCCAAGUUCAUUUAUUACACUGCUUCAGUUUUUAUCAACGGAUUAAACGAUAAUUUCAUUACAGCAUAUAAAGAACUCGAAGAAAGAAUCGAUUUCAUCAAGAAGCCUUUGAUUAAUGCUUCAAACUACAAGAAUCCUUUAGAACAGAGCUCAAUUUUCGUUCAAGAUUUAAUUCUCUCGAAUGAGAUCAUUCCUUUCCUUUAUCUCCUAUCCAAUGAUAUUUCCUUCAUCUCCAAGCACUACAAUCCUUACUCAUUGCUCAUGGAUGAAGAAUAUACCUUAUAUGUUUAUACUUCCAUCGACAGAAUCAUGGCAACGAACAAAUUUUCAUUUACUCCAGACGCUGCCAAGCCAAUUAACUUCCAUAAGGAACUUAAUCCUUUCAUUCCUUACAUGUUGCCUCAAUAUCAGCAUUCGAUUGACAGAUUCGCCAAAGAUUUCGGAGGAGGUGAAGAGAUGCUGAAAUCUUUUGUAAAAUGCGUGGUCAGUCUCAUACAAAGCGGCCAUUACAACGACGACGCAUGGAAAUUCAUAGAAGACGUCGUAAAGAAUAAUGACUAUAAGGAAAUAAAGGAAUGGAAGGGUUUCGUUGAAGCGAAAAACAAAUUUGGAUAUAAUAUUUUGUCACAUGCGAAGAACUUAGAAGAUUUCGUGACAAUUGGGGUUAAAUCGAAGGUCAUGCACAUUUGGUUCACGUUUAUGAUCAUUUCUUGGCAAACUUCCGAGCAAUAUUACCCAGAUGCUUCAAUCAUGAGAGAUUAUAAGAGAGCGAACCACGUAGUUGCUGUAAUCGAAAAGGUAAUGAGUAUGGUCAAGACAGAAGAUAAUCAUUCUGAUGACAUUUCUAAAUAA